CUCGCUCUGAUACUGCAGAGUCCAGGUCUUGGCGUCGGCUAUUACUGGCGCUUAAUAAGCUCGACGGUCUGGCCGCUUAGUAAGAAACUUGUUAAGUACUUUUACAUUUCUUAGUCACUAUGAUAAGUCAUGCGUUAGUCAGCAAGACGUCAUUCAUUCACAGCCUCAAACGUCGUGAAGAAACAAAAUGCGGGAGAAAGAACAGCUGUUGCGCGCAUAUCUGCUUUAUCUGCUUCUCUUCGCUUCCUCUGGAUAUCGCAACCAGAUUCUCCUUGCAUGAAAGUGUCUGGACUAGGCGUAUGUUUAUUUUAUUGGCCGGAGGCACGUCUGGAUGCAACGCUACAAAGACCUUGUUAUUCCAACGUAUCCCCAUCCCAGAAAUCCCCGCACCGACUAGCAGGUGGUAGGCCCGGUACUGCAUAGCUAUGUUUUCAGGAUCGGUAUAUAUAAACCCUUCUUCCCCUCUAGUCACUGGUCUCCUUUGAUUUCUAGAUACUUUCCUUAGAGUGCAGUGUCUGUAUCUAUCCAUGAAGUACCGAUGGGAGUAAAUAGUUACUACGGUUGCUAACUCAAUUCUUUGGGGUUAGAAAAAGCCAUACACGGCGAUAACGGUGCAGAUAGAUAGUCUCACGGCUGAACAAUACGAAGUUGAUGACUGGAACGGCAUUCCAGACCUGAUCGAGGUCAUCCGCCUGCAGGCCAGCGGACCGUCAGAGGCUAGUCGCGCCUUGAGGAAGAAGCUGAAGUAUGGCAAUGUACAUCGUCAACUGAGAGCUCUCACGAUCCUCGACUUUCUCAUACAAAAUGCCGGAGAAAGAUUUCACAGAAGCUUUGCCGACGAGCCACUCCUUGAACGGCUGAGGGUUAUCGCGACUGACCCCCAUACCGAUGCAUCGGUCAAGGAGAAGUGUCAGCAACUGUACUCUCAAUGGGCAGUGUCAUUCAAAGGCGUUGCUGGAAUGGAGCGAGUCACUGCCCUUUAUAAACAGCUCCCGAAACGAAAGAAACGUGCUGGUCCCGAGAACUCGAAUAUCCUCAAAGAGCCAGCUGAUGAACCUUUGGGCCACUCCGUCUCUAUUGUCGCGGGCGACGGACCUUCAAGAACCUUGAGCUCGACCACUCCAUCUUCGUCCUCCAAUUCGAAAUCACUAUUCGACUCAAAGAAGAAGAAUAAGCAAAAAUCGGAAAAGCAUUCAUCAACUGCGGACAAUAUAACAGAUAGACAUGCUAAGGCUAAGGCUUCUGAUGAGGAUGUUGCUCGCAUAAAACGUACCGUUGCGGAUGUAGGUUUCGCCAUAACCCGUUUAGAAAACGCAAUGAAGCUUGUCAACCGCGAGACGAUGCGUGUCAGCCAGGAUAAAGAGGUCAUGCGCCGUGUUGAUGAGUGUAAAGUGCUGCGGUCUGAGCUCCUUAAAUUCAUCCAUAAACUUGAUGACGAAAAUUAUCUUGGGAUCCUGAUUCAUAGCCAUGAAGAAAUCAUUAACGCCCUCCUAGCGUUUGAAGUCAUGGACAAAAGCGCGGAUGAUGACAGUGAUAGCGAGGAGGAACUAGAUUCGGCUCGUGCAAAUACUCAAGGCUUACCCCCAGCAAAACCACCACGCCCACAGACCGUACCAACUUUACAGGUCGAUAAUUACAAUGAUCUGGAAAGCGAGAGUGAACAGUCAGAAGAGGAUGAUGACAUUAACAACCCCUUUGGUGACAGAAAUGCUAUCAGUACUCCUGCAUUGGAAAAGUCUGGGAUGACCUGGCGAGAAGUGUAGCUCACGUAGUAGCUGUCAUCGUUACUUACUCUGCCAUCAUACUGAACACCUAAUUGGCCGAACAAUCUAGGCCCAUUUUACCCACAGCUCAUAUCGCGCCUUGCUACUUUGAGACAUCCCUUUUGAAACUCUCUUAUGGUGGCGAAAACAUCCCUCUUGCUGGUUAUUAUGACGCAUCCGGUUCUUGAGCUCUUACAAGCUGGUACAUUCCACCUUCAACGAAGCCUACCAGACGAUAGGCAACAUUUUCACGUUCGAUACGUGCAUGUUGAUAUUUUACCGGAUUGCAGAGUUGUCCAAGUAGCUAUUUAAGGAGAGGGAUUCCCCCUACUACUACUUCUUCUCAUAACCCCUCUUGAAAACCUUUAUUCACCGACCAUUGAAAGCAUUCCUGAACUACACGUACGUUGUAUACUGGCUGAUGAUCACAGUCAACUACACAAAAGUAUGGUAUUUUAAAUCCCCAACAAUUAAGCGAGAGUGUUCAAUAUAUUAUAUAGCUACUGACAGGGACUAAUUCUUGGAACCAGUCUACACAACGAUACGCCGCUGUCAGGUAUUACCGGCUUUGCUGAUCUAUACUUACGACUA